AAGAUGAGUAGUGAAGAGAUUCUUGUGUGUGCAGUACAACUUGGAGAAAAUUUCUGCCUCUAUUUUGCAGACGAUGAUGGGCUGGAAUGUGAUGCCUUUUGUAAGGAAAAAAUUCUCCACCGAGUCCUUCGAAAUGUAAAUAGCCAGUUGCUUGUGGUUCGACCAGAUUUAAAUGUGGCAGCUUUUGAAGAUGUGACAGAUCAGGAGAUGAAGUCUGGCAAUGGAAUGCACUUCAACAUUCACUAUUACAAAACUACCACACCUUCAGCAGGGAUGCCUGUUGCAUUCAGUGUCCAGGUAGAAGAUAAAAGCUAUUACAUGUGUUGUGAGAAAGAAUGUGGAGAAAUGAUAGUACGAUUUAGGGAAGGAGAAGUUCCCAAAGACAUUCCUGGUGAAAGUAACGUAAUCUUUUUCAAGAAGAUGUUUACAUCUUGUAGCUCCAGAGCAUUUAAGUUUGAAUACUCACUAGAACAAGGAAUGUUUUUGGCCUUUGAGGAAGAAGGCUCCUUACGAAAAUUAAUUCUAAAGAAACUGUCAAGAGAAGAUGAAGUAGAUGAAACUACGAAGAUAAGUUUCUAACUUAAGUCUGAAUGAGAGUCACAACCUAUGACAUACUUCAGCAGUCUUAAAAUAUAUUUGGGGCUUUUUA